AUGCAUGUUUGGAUGCUGUCAUCUGCAUCACCUACUGUUGUGAAGGCACAGUUCAGUGUUGUGAAAGAUGGAUAUUUUAAAAGGGUUCAGGUCCGCGAAGAUGGCACGCUGGUGAUCCAGGAGGUCCUGCAGACGGACGAGGGCGAGUACGUGUGCGAGGCGUCCAACCCUGCGGGAACUAGGAAGUCUCCUCCUGCCAUCCUCGACGUCAUCGUGGCGCCCUUCUGGGUGAAGGCGCCGCGCGACGUGGUGGGCGUGGCCGGCAAGGAAGUGGAGAUCAGCUGCCGCGUGGGCGGCGACCCCCCGCCCUCCAUCACGUGGCGUAAGGUGGGCGGCCGCAUCCCGCUUGGCCGCAUGCGGGUGGUGCGCGACCGCGGCCUCAGGGUGUCGCCGCUGCGGCCCGACGACGCCGGCGUCUACCUGUGGUGGAACAGCAUUGAGCGCCAUCGCACUGCCUCCACUGCAUUGGCAGUCAACCACGCACAGAUACGAUUCCUGUUUCCAAUUUGUAGAUUGCUUUGCCGGCCGAGUCUCUCUGGCAGAGCCCUCGGCCGGGACUCUUGGCCAGGGCUCUUCGGCAGACUCUUGGCCUGGGCUCUUCGGCAGACUCUUGGCCAGGGCUCUUCGGCAGACUCUUGGCCAGGGCCCUCGCCAGCGCCCCUCUUUCUCCCCAAAGCUAACCCCGCCCUUCCCCCAGCUUCCCCCCGCGUGGCGGAGGUGCCCGGCGACCAGGAGGUGGAGGAGGGCGCGCCGCUGACCCUGUCGUGCGCCGUGCAGGGCUUCCCGGCGCCGCUCGUGUACUGGACGCGCGAGGGCUCGCAGACGGUGCUGCCGGCCGCCCGCGCGCCCCUCGAGGGCGGCCUGGUGAGCCUGGCCGGCGCCGACGAGGAGGAGGACGCCCACCUGGAGGCGGUGCGCAUGGCGUACCACGUGCCCCGCGCCGCCCACCAUCACUCAGGCCGCUACAUCUGCGGCGGCGUCAACUCUGCAGGCGGCGUCAUGACCCGCGUGGCCGUGCGGGUGCGCCCUGCUCACCUGCUGCCGCCGCCCAUCAUCUCCGUGCCGCCCGCCAACCAGACGCUUCCAGAGGGGGGCCACGCCGCCCUCACCUGCCGUGUGUGGGGGUCGCCGCCCCCCACCGUCACCUGGAGGCACCGCGGCCGCCUGGUCACCGCCACGGCGCGACGCAAGCUGCUCCAGGACAACACGCUCACCAUCGAGGAGGAUAUGGAAACUGACAAGCGUGCAGAGUGCUGUGGACAUUACACAGUAUCAGUGAUAAAAUUUACUAGCUAA